UAGCUGCUGUGUCACAAUAGUGGAAAGCUAUGCCAGGUCAUUUACAUUCACUGGACACUUAGUGAGCAGUUGAACAGAUGUAACUUAUCUGCUCAGCUAAUCACAUGGCAGUAGUUUAACACUUUGAGACUUGCAAACAUCGUCCAGAAGACCUGGUGGACUCUAAACUGAGCAUAAGAAUGGGGAAGAAGGGUGGUUUUAAUGGCUUAGCGUGUGCAAUGGUUGGUGCCAGAUAGGCUUGUUUCAGUGUUUCUAACUACUGAAAUACUGGGAUUUUCCUGCAUGACCAUCUAUAGGGUUUACAGAAAAUGGCCUAACAAAGAGAAGGUGUCCACUAUUGGACGAUGCCUUGAUGCCAGAGGUCAGAGGAGAAUGCCUAGUGUUCUUUGAGUUGAUAGGAUUAUAAAAAAGUAGCUUAAAUGAUCAGUUUUUAGACCCAAGGUAUGCAGAAGAGCAUCUCUGAAUUCACAACAUGUCAAACCUUGAGGCAGAUAGGUUAGAAAAGCAGAAGACCGCUCCUGUCAGCUAAGAACAGGAAGAUUAUGCUGUGUGCUGUGACAUUUGGUAGGGUUAGAGUUUGCUGUCCAUGGUCUAUGCAUGGAUCCUUUUUGCCCCAUAUCAACAGUUCAGGCAGCUGUUUGUAGUGUAAUGGUGUCAGGGUUAUUUAUUUAUUUAUUUUUGGCACAUCCUGAGCCCCUUAUUGCAACUGAGCAUAAUUUAAACACCAACAGCCUCCAUGAGUAUUAUUGCCAACCAUAUCCAUCCCUUUAUGGCUAUAAUGUACCCAUCUUCAGAUGGCUGCUCCCAGCAGGAUAAUAUGCCACGCCACAAAGUUCAGAUCAUCUUGAACUGGUUUUUUCUUGACUGUACUCAAAUGACCUCCACAGUUAGCAGAUCUCAGUUCAGUAAAGCACAUUUGAGAUCAGAAAUAUUUCCAGCACCUUGUUGAAUCUGUGCAAUAAAGUUUUAAAGCACUUCUGAAGGCAAGAGUGGGUCCAAUCCAGUACUAGAAAGCUAUACCUAAUAAAGUGUCCAGUCUGUGUGUAUUUCACCGGGUAGAAGAGGCGGAUCUUGAGUAGUUAGAUUAUGACCUCAAUUUAUAAUGGGAUGGGUCAGAUUAACUCAUUUUGGCUUGGAAAACGCCUGAAAACCAUCAUUAAGUAUAUGAAAACAUUUUAUGUCUGCCAAAGGUAAAGGACACACAGCCGUAACAGCUUUCUUCCUGUUGUAAUAGCUUAGUAGUUGUAGAAUUUAGUUUUUCCUUCGGCUGUCAUACUGAAUGCCGCCGCAAACAGCAGUGUGGCUGAAAAACGCAGAGGAGUUUGUGAAUUUAGUGAAUCGGAUCACCUCGGGCCCAUGUGUGCGACAUGUGACCAGCAGUCAAAUAAAGCAGUAGGCUGGUGAAACUUUGGUCAGGAACUUCGUAAAGAGAGGCUGCGCAGACGCUCAGUGAACGGUAAGAUGCAGUCAGGCUUUCUGCAGUAUAUCCACACACGCUGGUUAACCGGUUUCUUUGUCCACGUGGUGGAACAUGCCUCCUGCUCCAGCAGAUGUUUUGGGCUCCAAGCCCCUGGAUGGCGGUUGGGGCUGGAUGGUGGUGAUUGGGGCCCAUAUUUCCAUUGGGUUUGCCUACUCCACACCCAAAGCCCUUUCCAUUUUCUUUAAAGACAUUCAAGAAGACUUGCAGGCUGGCUACAGUGAAAUAGCAUGGAUUUCCUCUAUUAUGCUAGCUGCCAUGUAUGCAGGAGGACCGGUGAGCAGCAUGUUGGUCAAUCGUUUUGGGAGCCGACCAAUUGUCAUCAUGGGUGGACUGAUGUGUGGAGUGUCUAUGGUAACCGCAUCUUUUGGGAGCUCCAUCGCUUAUCUCUACUUCUGCAUUGGCGUCAUUGGAGGUUGUGGACUCGCCUUUAACCUGAAUGCAUCUCUCACCAUCAUCAGUAAAUAUUUUCUGGCCAGGCGUCCUUUAGCCAAUGGACUUGCUAUGGCUGGCAGUCCAGUGUUCCUUUGUUUCCUGGCUCCUCUUAACCAAUAUCUACUGGGCACAUAUGGCUGGAGAGGAAGCCUCCUUAUCCUGGGGGGUCUGAUGCUCAACUGUUGUGUUGCUGGAGCCCUCAUGCGACCUGUUUGUAAGACACUCGCUUGUGCACCGCAGCAAAACGUGGAUCGGCCAAAUAAGUGCAAGACUAAGAUAAAAGGAAGCUGUGUGAAGAACACAAAGAAGUUUGUGGAUCUGUCCUUUUUCAGGGACAGGGGCUUUGUCAUUUACCUAAUAGGAAAUGUCAUGUUCAUCUUUGGAGCGUAUGCACCCAUUGUGUUCCUGUCUACCUAUGCUGUUAGCCAAGGUGUUGAGAAGUACUCUGCGGCCUACCUGCUCUCCAUUAUGGGCUUUGUUGACAUGUUUGUUCGACCCGGCACUGGCCUGGUAGCCAACAGCAAGUGGAUCAGGCCUAGAAUUCAGUACUUCUUCAGCUUUGCCAUGGUUUUUAAUGGAACGUGCCAUUUGCUGUGCCCUCUGAUGAGGAGCUAUACCCUCCUGGUGGUCUACGCAGUAUUUUUUGGUGUGGGGUUUGGGAUGGUUUUCGCCCUGAUAUUUGAAUGCCUCAUGGAUCUGAUGGGAAAUCAGCGCUUUCCCAGCGCCGUUGGACUUGUCACGAUCGUGGAGUGCUUCCCCAUGCUGCUGGGACCACCUGCUGCAGGGUUACUGGUAGACAUCUUUGGCGACUACAAGUACCUUUUCCUCAUGUGUGGCUCAGUCAUCACGACUGGCGGGCUUUUUCUCUUCGUCAUGAACAUCUACAACUACCACAUGCUGGAGAAAGAAAAGAGAGCUAAAGACCGAGAGCGUAACCAAACUAACAUAGAGAACCAGGAGCAGAUGAGCAUCUCAGCGGCAGAGAUGGAGCAGCCUGAAGCUGAGGAGACGGAGAUGAGCGCAGCCCAGCAGGACCCAGAGAGCGCCGAAACAAAAUGAAAUGUGAUUGCUUUAUUUAGCGUGAAUGCAGCGGGGUGAUAGUUGUAGCUGUACAGGUUGAUCUUAGCACAGAUUGCUUUCUGCUUGCUCGCACUCAUUUUUAACAGACUGAUUUAUUCGUUCAGUCAGUCGGCAAUUACUUUGACUUUUGAUGAACUGUAAAGUCUUUCAACCAGCAGACAACACAGAGACUACAGCCAUGCUAACAGGUUGUAUAGCAACUUGAGCUAAUUGCUAAUAUCGGCGCGCAAAGCUGCUUAACAUUGUUAAACGUGGAGAUUUCUCACUGGUAUAGAUUUGACUAUAUUCACCAUGUUAGCUUAGUGUGUUUCCUUUUUUUUACCGUAAUUACUUUUGCUAAUUAGCACAAGGUAGAGCUAAAGCUGAUGGAAGUUUUGCUGUACAAGCCAUACAUGAACAACUUUGACCUGAUUAUGGCUCUUGAUGAAGAAUUGAAGAUGGUUAACCAAUUUUUUUUGAAAGUUUAAAAGUUUUUUUCCUGUGCAUGUGAGUUUGUGCAGCCUGUAAGUAAAUAUCAGUAUUGGGUCAAGUUUUUUUUAAAUGAGAAAUGCAUCUUGUUGGAGUACCUGUUGUGUUACCAAAAACGAAACCAUUUUUGCAAUUCAUUCUUGAUCCUGCCAGUUAUUUUGUUCUGAAGGCACAACUCUUAUUAUACAUUAACCUUUUGAUUUGUCUUGAUCUACCUCAUUGCAAACCGAUAUGAGUGCCUUUUACUCUGUAAACAACAAAAAGCUGUUUGUUUUUCCACAGAGUAGGAUGGGGAACUAAAACUAGAAGUUAUUAUUUCUGAGUUGACUCACUGGCACCUCUUUAUCAGUGGACCUCGCCAGCAGCUGUGUUGUGAAGCUGUUGUGCUUUUUCACAUUUCAAGCAGCGCUGUUUGUAGCUGAGAGACAUUGUUUUCUCAGACACAGUCUGUGAUUUCUUGUAUUGUUGUUCUUUUUUCUGCACAAUUGAAAAGUGAUGCGAAUAUUUACUGUAAAAAAUGUAAAUUCUGGAAUUUACAGUUUGUUGAUCAGGUGAUGUUGUCAAAAUGAUAUGAUGCUACCCUGUGCAUCAAGUUUGGUUGAACUCUUGAUGGUUCAGGAGGGGUUUGUGGACAGACAGAGAUUUCUGUUUUUAUAGUAAGUUACAGCAAAUCUCAUGUUUUUAUUAUUUUCCUCAGUAUGCUUCGAGGUUACAUGACACUUUCUAGAAAAUGAGUAAAUUAUCCCACAGCACUAAGGCCACACAGAGGAAGAAAAACUGUGACAGUGAUUCUUAAAAUGAAAUGAAAUUGUAUUUUCUGUCUUUUUAUAUAAUGCGCUAGUAAUGCAGAUGUGUCUGGGAUUUUCUUUUUUGUUUACUGGGUUAAAAAAAAGUUACAUUUGAGUAGUAAUGGAUGGAAAAGAUGCCAUGAAUUGCAAAUGUGUUAUGUUACCCGUGACAACAAAGAAAUAAAAGAGCACUGUCACAAAGUACAAAGCUAAGACCUUUAGCUAUAUGUCAAACUUUAGCUGCUCUAAACAGCUAAUUUCUCUCCUGUUUAAAUAUCAGUCAUCUCUUUAACAUUCAUGGGGAAAUUAUGACCAGCAUGUUUUACUAAUUUACAGUCAUCUGUCCACUCUGUCAGCUCUCUAGAGGUAUGACAUUUGUACAACUGCACCUGCCUGGACUCUGGAGCAAUGUUGAAUUGUGUACUUUCCUUUAAACCUGUGAUGUUUUUCCAUCGUUGUUUUCACUGUACUGAAAACACUGAUAUUUUGUUGUAGUAUUGCACAUGCAGUGAUUACAUUUUAUAACUUCUACUUUCUGUAUGUGAAAUACUGUGUCUGCUGGUCCAUAUUUUUCCAUUUUUUUUGGUUGGUCUUUGUAAAGUCUGUAAAGUUUAAACAUACACUAACAAAGCCCGUUGUUGUAGUCUUAAACUGACUUUAAUUCUGUAAUCAACAGCACAUGAUAACACCUUUUUAACCUUUUUAACCGUUUGUCAGUAUUUAUUCAUUUCAAGCUGAAUCACAAACUAACGAGUGCCCCAAAAUGAUGCCAUAAUUUUGUGUUGACAUUUAGCAGUCACAUUUAUUUUAUGGAGAAAAUGUUAAUCGAUUUAAUGCUAUGUAUUUGCUUUUCUUUAUCUGAGUAACAAUUUUAAGGUUUACUUUUCGAAACUGUUCUGAUUCUUUUGAAAUUUACACACCAGAUCUGACAUAUUUUUAAGAUGUGCGAAUUGUACCAAUAAUGGUAGAUGACACUAUGUGGUUUAUAUAUGUAGAUGAUUAUUUAGGUCUUCAAAUGAGAAAGAAGGAUGAAUAGCCCUGUUUAAUUUCCCUCCUCACUUUUUGCACUAUCCAGCGUGCUUUUUUUGCAUUUCACUUUCAUCCGGUGAUGCUCAAGAAAUGCCAUCAAAUCAAGAUGUAACGUGCAGCUUUUUCAAUGUUGGCGCCUGUGUCCAAUUUUUCACGACAAUUAGAAAACUGGGGAACAAGUUUGGAAAUGUCAGCCGCUUAAGGGUGUGAGCGCCUAAUGAACCAAAGCCCGGCUGUUCCAGGCUAGUGCUCCUGUGUGCGGCCUCACACGCAUCAGCAAAUCAGUGGGCCAAUAAAUUAGAAGUGCACAGGCGAGUACAGAUACACACGUGUUUGCUAUCUCCUGUCCCUUUGCUGAGUAUUAUACAAGGUCUUUGGACAUGACAAGGUGGAAAGGUACCCGAGAGACGAGGCUGCGGUUGCAGCGGCCAGGAAUCCGUUUGUCAUUAUUAUAUUCACUCUCACCUCGUGCUCCCCUCUGGCCUCCUGACCCUCCUCUACAGGCUGCCCUUCUCAUAAUGUUUGUUCCUGUGGAGUUCCAUAAAUGUUGUCCUCCAUGCCCAAUGGUAAAAAAAACACAAGACUUCUGGAUCUCCAGAGGGUCUUGGAGGUGGUCCAAUGACUAGGCAAUGCUGGGUGAAAAGUGCUGUGGAGCAAAAAAUAAACAGCCGUGAAUAAAAUGGCUUGAGGGUAGUUUACACUUCUGCAUUGCUGUUUAGUAAUUUCACAGUUAAUGCAAUGUUAUGUGAUCAUGAUCUCAAUAAACACGGGCUACGUCCUUA